AGUUUUUUUAAAUAAAAAAUGUAUUGUUUUGAAAUGGAACUCUGUCAUUUCAGUGUAAGUGGCCACUUGUUGAAAUUCGAUAUAAUUUACCUUACAAGGGCUCAUUUAAUGAAAUUCAAAACCACUAUUAUAUUCAUGCUGUUUUCUCGGUACUGAUAUCGGCUUUUUCCUGGUAACGCAAUUAAUAUACUUUCACUUUCCAAAGCAAAACAUUCAUUCUGUAGCAAUUUAUAACGGGUUGUAAAGAUCCCAUCACAAAAUGGUAAACGAACGAUCCGGGCUUCUCCAAAAAGAAACAAGCAAAUAUGAUUGUGGUAGUUUCGGCCGAAAUAUGUGUCAAGAAAUGAACAGAUAUUUAUUCUGUCUCGCUUCACUGACUGCUUUGGCGUUAUCUUUAUACGCUAUUGUUCUUGCUAAAAGGUAAGUUUAUGCAGUGUUUAAUAAUUGCAAACAACUUUUGCCUAAAAUUGUCGCAUAUAGAACCGGCUUACAACUUGAGUUGCAUACUAGUGUGUAAAUCAAUCAUAGAAAUAACGGGAACCACCGAGUAUUUUACUGAUAAAAUAUAAAACAACGGUAACUCCGAAAAUAAAAAUUUUAAGCCUUUUAAUAUUCUAGCUUGUCUGAAUGAUAUUCCCAGGGACGCCGGGACGAUGUGAAGGCAAGGGGGGCAGAUUUUCGUGAAAGGGCACUUUUGAAUUGAUAUAUACUAAGAGAUGUUUGCAAAACAUCGGGAGUUGAACGUCGCCUAAUCAUGUUUUCUAUUUAUCGAAUGAUAGGGGUGUGAGGGGGUUCUCCGCCAGGCGAUUGUGUUAUUCUUGAAGCUCGAUGACUGCAUUUCCUGAAGCAAAUUCGUGCACUAACAAUUCUGACAAUUCGCUAUUUCGCCAAGGCAAUUCUUUAAAUUGAAAGGGCACCUUUCCCCCCUUGCCCCUCCUGGUAACGGGCAACGUGGGCAGCUGCCCCUCCUGCCCCCCAGUUCCGGCGUCCCCGGAUAUUCCUGAUGAUGACUGAAUGUUGGUGGAAAGCUAGAAUAUUAAAAUGUUUAUUUUCGGAGUUACAAUCACAGAACUCCCCUACGAUUUCGUAGCGAGUCGUGUGCUUGAUUUACACAGUAUACAAUUCAAAUUGUAAGCAGGAUGUAUGCGAUAGUUUUAAGGUCCGGACAUACCGGACGCGAUUCGACAACGCGAAGCGAUUUUUCAAUUUUCACUGACCGAUAACUUUGAUCCUAGUUUUAAUUUUCCAAAUACUUAGAAGCGGCACCGAAAUCCAGUAAUAAGCUCAUGACAAUUCUUACGAGGAUACUGGAUUUUGGUACAUAUACGAUGGUGCUCGUUAGCAUACUGGAUUUUGGUACAUAUACAGGUAUAUGGAGGGUCCUGAAGGGGGGUUGUAUUUCCAUUUCCCAGCCCAAAUUUUGACUAAAUCCCAUUGUCGCAGAGCACAAAUCCCAUCAUCUCAGUGGCUGUCCUGCUCAAAUCUUAAUCCCAUUCCCAUUUUCUAUUGUUUUUUGCUGAUGAAUUCCAGUCCCAGUGCAUGAAAUCCCAUUUCCCCCCCCCCCCAAAAAAAAUAAGCAAAUCCCAGUUCUCAUUUUACCCCUUCAGGACCCUCUAUAUGAGCAUGCUCAUGAGAUGCCAAAACGAGGUAUGCUCAUAAGCACGCUCAAAUAUGUACCAAAAUCCAAUAUGUUCACGAGUACCCUCAUAUAUAUAUAGCUAUUUACUCGCUGGGGCACUCUGUGCCCCGGGCGAGUAUAGGUUUCGGCUUGCAUUUUUCUUGGAUAGUGGAUCGUCGAUAGCCACAAAAUAGAAUAUUAAUGAGCUGCCUAAUUUUCCCCCAAUUAUCCAUAAGGCUCCAGCCAUUUUUACCCAAAUUAUCCAUAAAUAACCCUGCAUUUUGAGGAAAAUUCGGGAAAAUUGAACAAUUUUACAAGGAAUUUCGACAUGGAAACAGCAACCUUCGCAAAUCGCAAGUUUAUACCGCAGAGUUUAUACGUUUGGCUGUGCUGCUUUAUAUUUUGAGAAGAAAGCGACACCGUUCGAUUCAGCAUAAGAAAUUGUACUUACGGAUGUCAAGUGUAUACUUACGGAUGUCAAGAUAUUACUAAACACCAGUAUUCUAGCGAUUUAUGGCCUUUGAAAAUCAAGUGAAAUUGUAUUGUUGAAAAAUCGCUCGCAGUACGUAUUAUUGUUAAUCACUCGCACCACGUUUGUCCUUGUAUUUGUAAAUGCCUAAUGGCGCAAUAAGGAUAAAAAUACCACCAUUCGAUUCAGCGUAAGAAAUUGUACUCACUGAUGUCAAAUGUACUAAACAGCAGUAUUCUAGCGAUUUAUGGCCUUUGAAAAUCAAGCGAAUAUUUGUAAUGCCUAAUGGCGCAAUAAGGAUAAUAAUACCACAGUUCCAUUCAGCGUUAGAAAUUGUACUGAUGUCAAAUGUAUUACUAAACAAGCGAUUUAUGGCCUUUGUCUUUGAAAAUCUAGCGAAAUUGAAUUGUUGACAAAUCGCUCAAAAUUAUUAAACUAUUAAUUAUAAAAAAUGCAGGACGUUUGAUUCUUGGUAACUUUGGUACCAGUGGAUUCGUCUCACUUCUCUCUUCAUUUUGAUAGUAUUUUGAGCCCAAAAAUAUUUUAUUUUGAACGUUUUAAAAUUAAAGCGCAGUUUAAUCCUAGCGUACGGACCAACUGGCGGCUAACAGACUGCAACCACUGUAACCAUUGCACCCACUGCAACCACUGCAACCAUUGCACCCACUGCAACCAUUGCACCCACUGCAACCAUUGCAACCACUGCAAACAUUGCACCCAUUGCGACCACUGCAAACAAUGCACCCAUUGCGCCCACUGCACCCAUUGCACCCAAUGCAACCACUGCACCCACAUGAACCGUCAGGGCUAUUUUGACAGGAUUGCAAUUGGAAACGAAAAUCGUGUGGGAAAACCCUUUCACCUAACAGCCAAUCACAGUGUGUCUUCCGAGCACUGCGAGAUUACCCAUUGCAGUAGGUGCAUUGGGGGAUGGCUGACAGUCUUGAAGGAUACGUUAAUUUAGUUCAGUAUGAUUCAGAUUGUUCCAACCACGGACAGAUUUAAUAUAAAUUUACUUGUAGGGGUAGAGCCUACCGCAUUUUAGCGUGUUAAGCCUUUUGCGCUCGUUUUCGACUUUUCCGCUUAGCUCGGGGAAAACCUUAAAUCUUACUAGUAAUUGAAAUAGCUGUGUACUGUAUGUAUCACUGUGUGAUCAUGUACAGUAAUGCGCAAAUUUGUAUAGCCCCAGCGAGUUAACGCUCCGUUGAGCGUCUUGUUCAAUUAAGGUUGUCCCCCGAGCAAAGCGGAAAAGUCGAAUACGAGAGCGAAAGGCUGCUGGGAAUCGCUAAUAAAUUCAUUCACUUAUUAUGGAUUCCCAGCAGCCUUUCGCGCUCGUAUUCGACUUUUCCGCUUUGCUCGGGGGACAACCUUAAUAGAAAUAUAGCUGUAUGCCAAAAUCCAGUAUCUUCAUAAGAAUGCUCAUGAGCAUAUUACUUGAUUUCUGUUUCUAUAUGAACACAUGCCGAUAAUAUACCAAAAUAGCUCAUAAGCACGCUCAAAUAUGUGCCAAAAUCCAGUAUGUUCAUGCAUCGAUGCAUGGUAUGCAAAUUCGGAAAUUUCCAUGUAAAAAAACCCUUCUUAUAUUAAAACUCACGUUUAGGGAAGACACGCGACUAAGCCAAAGUGACAACGAUCUCAACUCGCUUAAAGAAGAAGUGAAAACUUGCUACAACGACUCGUACGAAAGGAUACAAAGACUUGCAACAAAAAUCGACCAAAUUGAUGAAAGCCUUAAAGAUCUAAUCGCACAAACAAAAUCUUUGCUGGAAAAUAAGAUCAACAGUGUCGAAAGUGAGCUCAAUACUAAAUUCCUAAGCGUGCAAAACCAAGUUUCAGAUUUGAAUACAAACGUUGACAAAAUGCAGACAAGUUUGGGCGGUUUCGAGGAUUCAACGAACAAAGGAUUUGCAAAAGUGUGGGAAAAAUUUAAGGAGGUCGACAAGGAAAUUGCAAACUUACCCAAGAAUUGUGGCAGGCUUGUGUGCUGUUAUAUGAGAAACUAUGUUAUAUUUUAUGCUUUAAUUGUUUUACUGUUUAAUGUAGGGUAAAAUUUCUAAAAUGAAACAAGGGGAAAAUUUUACAUAAUUAUUUUAUUUUAUUUAGCUUUGCCAACUAGGGCAGGGUCACCACAACAGCAUAAGCCAACUACUGUGGGCCCUUUUACCUAACCCACCCUGUCAACUUUCCCUGUGGGAGGAAACCGGAGCACCCGGGGAAGGCCCGCGGCUUUCGGCAGAGCGUUGACUUUUACUCUUUUCACAUGAGGACUGGGUUCGAGUCGCAUUGAGAAGUUCUCACUGAGGCUUGAACCCGCGGCCUUAGAGGUGAAAGUGCGCUAACCACUUGACCACCGAAGCCCCAGAUAAGAAUUAUUAGAUGACUAAUAGUUUCAAAAUUUUCAUAAAAAAUCAUAUAUUUGUCCUAAGCCUGGUAUCCAUAUGGUCGUAACGGUCGUAAAGAUUGAGUCACGAUCUUUCUCAUCAGCCGAAAUACAACAUUUUAGUCAUUUUUUAGAACUGGAAAUACGCGGAGUGAUUAGAACUAGAGAAUACUUAUGAUUUAUAUGUGGUUUACAAGUAUAAACUAUUAUAAACUGGGCCAACUGGCCGUUGAGAAAGAUCGUGACUCUAUUUAUACAACCACAUAGAAAUCGGGCUUUAUUGUAAAUAUAGGGUAAAAUAUAAAGUUUGUUCGUUCACUGCAACCAGGUAUAUCAAUCAUGUUUCGCUCGCUACUCUGGUUUAAAUAAUGGAGGAAUAUAUGCAUCUUCUUGGCAGGUGACGUCAUCCCUUGGGUAUUUAAGAACCCACGAUCGCAGUUUUAGAUCACCCCUGAUGAAGACACUAGACUAGAGUGUCGAAACGUUGGGUCUUGAUUACAAUUCGACUGGGCUUUGUAAUCAUUUAUUUAAACCAGAGUAGCGAGCGAAACAUGAUAGGGUAAAAUUUCUAGUCAAUAAUGAAGAUAUUUGACAGUUUGUAUGUAUAACAGGAGAAUCUUUUAUAUAUUACGUAUCAUAAAUAUACUUUUCCACUUGGGUAUGAUUGUACUGUAUUCAAAUUUUUAAAUUUUCAUUCGUUUCUCAAGCG